AUGACGGAUGAUAUUUCUGAUUUAACACCAAUGCUCCCUUCUGAUGUUGAAAUUACCCCUCUCAUUUCAAAAGCACCAUUAGCAUCAAAUCCAUGGAAAAAUGCUAUAACUAUGAUCGUUUUAUUUCUUAUUAAUUUACUAAAUUUUAUGGAUCGAUUUGCUAUAGCCGGUGUUCUUGAACAAAUAAAAGUAUAUUUUGAUAUUGGUGAUGCAGAAGCUGGUCUUCUUCAAACAGUAUUUGUCUGUAGUUAUAUGGCUUUAGCACCUCUUUUUGGUUAUCUAGGAGAUCGAUAUAGUCGAAAAUUAAUGAUUAUUUUAGGUGUUACACUUUGGUCAAUAACAACUGUAGCCGGAUCAUUUGUACCAAAAAAUUUAUUUUGGUUAUUUCUAUUAUUAAGAAGUUUAGUUGGUGUUGGUGAAGCCUCAUAUUCAUGUGUUGCACCAACAAUUAUUGCGGAUAUGUUUAAAGAUGAUAUGAGAACAACAAUGUUAGCUCUUUUCAAUAUUGCAGUUCCAUUAGGAGGUGGUCUUGGAUAUAUUGUUGGUUCAUAUGUUUCAAAAGCAUUUAAUAAUGAUUGGCGAUGGGCUUUACGUGUCACACCUGUUCUUGGUGUUGUAUGUGUUAUUUUACUAAUUGCACUUGUAAAAGAACCAGAACGAGGUAGUGCUGAUGGUGCACGUAUGCAGAAAAGAUCUAGUUGGUUUUAUGAUGUUAAACAAGUUCUUAAAAUUAAAAGUUUUCUUCUAACUACACUUGGAUUUACAUGGGUAGCAUUCGCGUUAGGAUCACUUUCUUGGUGGGGACCUAUUUUUCUUGAAAAAGCACAUAUAUUAGCCAAGGGUCAAGAUGAUCCAAAAGAUGCAGCCAAUGUAGCACUCUUUUUUGGUAUAAUUACAUGUGUUGCUGGUAUUGUUGGUGUUUUGCUUGGAAGUGAAAUUGCUAGACGUUAUCGAAAAAUAAAUCAACGUGGUGAUCCAAUUGUCUGUGGUAUUGCAGUUAUUCUUGCAAUGCCAUUUUUAUUUGGUGUACUUCUACUUUCCAAAGACCACUUAACUUUAACAUGGAUCUUCAUUUUUAUUGCAGAAACAUUACUUUGUAGUAAUUGGGCACUUAUAUCUGAUAUGCUUAUGUACAUUGUUAUUCCAACAAGGCGUGCUACAGCUAGUUCCAUUCAAAUUUUUAUCAUGCAUUUAUUCGGUGAUGCAUCUAGUCCAUAUAUUAUCGGUCAAAUCAGUGAUUUCUUUAGAAAAGGAGCUGAUGAUAGAUUAACACAAUGGGUUUCAUUACGUAACGCAUUAAUGUUAACACCUUUUGUAGCUACGAUGGGUGCUGCUGCAUUUCUCUUUGCGGCAAUAUUUAUUCUUCAAGAUCGUCGUCGUGCCCAAGAAACAAUUGAAUCUAGUGUCGAUGAUUUACACAGUAAUUUAUAA